UCACUUUAGAGUCAAUACAGUUUGCUAGAAAACAGUUUACAAAACGAAAUUACUGAGGAUAUUCCUUUUGUUCGAAGAACGGGUUCUGUAAGCUGGUAUCAACCCACAUCCUGUUGGAAUGCAGAUCAGAAUUAUCAAAAGAAUGCAACCCAGUUAAUUGAGCCUAAAAAAUUAUGGCCAAGCUUGGUGAAUUAGGAAAUUACCCAUCUGGUUAUCCAGACUGCAUUUCUGCUAACAGAAGAAUACAACUAGAGACUAUUCUGAGGGACCAGCAGAGAGUUUUAUAUGAAGGACAAAUAACCAUUGGAAGUUACUGGACAAAACCAUCACAAAGUCUGCAAGCCAUCAGUGACCAGAUUUUGACACACCCUCAAUAUAGUGGUGAACCUCAUUUAAGACAAGCACAGGGUUAUUACAAUAGGAACUCAGAAUGGGUGUCACCUUUAGGACAAAAUAUCUCUCAAACUAUUCUGCGGGAGAACUCUGUUGGGUCAAUUCAAAGACCAGCUGAACAGACUUCAAACCAUGGUUAUACAACAAUGUUCUCUGAAGAUAAUUACCCUUGCCACAAAUUGACACCUUGCUUUCCAUAUAAAGGACCACCAGAAGCACCUUCUUCCAUGAGUCAGGCUUCCCAUCCACAAUCCUUGACUAAGGUCCAGCAGAAAAUGCUCACUGAUCAUAAACAUUUCGGAGCUUUGUUUCCAGUAGGUAACCCACUAUCCAGUCUUGCACAUCAGGUUUGUUCAGAAUACUUUAAAAAUCAAAGCAUCAUGAACAGGAAAUCGAAAGUUGACCAUGUCAACAGGAAUGGGGUGGUUCCCUACAAAAAAAGAAAACCUUUUUUUGUUACAGUGAGUGAGGAUAACACUGGAUUUGUUGCUGAAAAUGUUAUUUUGGCAGAUCAAGUUGUCAGACAGCCUUAUUAUCCAUAUGCUUGUAUAUCAAAAGAGAGCCACCAUGAGAGGCAUGUUCCUCAGAAAGCUGUUGCUGUUGUUACACCAUUAGCUCAGCAGGUAGUGCCUUGUGCUAAAUUUUCAAAGAAUUUGUGCAAAUUAAAUAAAGGUCCUGAAUCAAAAUCUGUAGCUAACAAUCAGGACCACCAAUCUUAUGCACUACUUUCAUUACGGACAAAUGAGAGGGGCUCAAAGUUUCCAUGUAAUAUGGGAGGAGCGCAUGUUUCACAGAAAGUGCCAUCAGAAUCUGUUUUGGCCGGUGGGUUUUCUGAACUGGCAGACACAGCUAAUUUUGCAACCAGUGAACUUAACAGCCAAAGUAAUAGAUCAUGCUCAGUUCUUACUUGCAUCAGUAGAGAGACAAAGGAGUUAGCACAAUCAUCUCACAUGGAGGAUCAUAGCAGUACUGAUUUUCUUCAAAAAAACAAUGUUACUGUUGCAAACAAAGGUUAUGAGAGAACUGAAUCUCCAAUGGACAUGGAGCCAACUGAAAAAUGGUCUUAUAUACCUAUAACUGAGUGGUCUCUUCAGAGGUUACGCACCUUGGUAGCUGACUCAGAACAAAUGCAAAAAGAAAAUCUAAAAGAUAUCCCCUUUAUAGAUCUUAACAGUGAGAUUGUAAAAUUAUAUUGGGAUGGAGAUGAUCAAAAGCUCUGUAAUGCAAUAAGUACAGGCCAUUAUAUAAACAUCAUGAAACAAGUUAGACUUCACUCUGGAACAGAAAAUUCUGUAAUACUUAAGGAAAUUUCAAAAGAGAAAUUGUACCAAGCUGAUGAGGACUCUCACAUUUUAAAGCCUGACAUUGCACCACCCAAGAUGGUAAACAAGUCAUCCUACUUUAAUCAUAAUGACAGGGAAAACAACUCUCCAUCAUCUUCGAUGACCUUUUGUAGAAAAAUAAAAAUAGUUAAUGGUGCAACAGUGGAAGAACAGAAAAUCAUUGAGGAGACUGAAAACAAACAGGCAAAUACAGGUAAUGCAGUGAGUGGACCAGUGGUUUUCUCACAGGCAUUGAGUACACAUCUACCAACAAAGCAGGAGAGAAACUGCACAAGUGUUAUGGGAACCAAAUUUUUAAUCAAGGAGCCAAUAUGCAUGGACAAUGAAAACAAAGGAACAAAUAAAGAUGCAGAAACAGUGUCUCCAGUAGAGUGCUUGAAUAAGCAGUCAUCAGUUAUGACUGUUAAUGUCAGCAAAAAUUUUGUUAUUGCAGCAACAGAAAUAGAACGGACUGAAACGGAGAGUGAAAAUAAAUGGAAAAAUUUUGCAAGAGAGACUGGAGAACAAGAACAGCUUUUGAUGGACUGCGUAAAUAUGUCAUCAUCAACUAUGACUGUUAAUCACCGCAAAAAUGUAGUGAUGAGACACUCAGCAGCAGAACUAAUUGCAGCAGAGGUUGAAAAUGAAGAAAUAAAUUUGGAAAAGAGUCCAAGCAAUGAAGGGUGUUUACCAUUGUCCUUGCAGUCACCAGCCAUGAGUGUUAAACCAGGGGGUCCCCCUGCAACAGUGCUGUCUCCUCCAUCAGUCAGCUGUGACGAUGCCAACUGCACAGAUCCAUUUGCUUUUGUUAAAAUCAACAUUCUUUCACCAGAGAAAGCUAAAAGAUUUUUUUUUGGAGAGUCAAAUGAAAAGGUGGAGAAUAAAGAGAAAAAGAUCCGUGCACAGCCUUAUACAGACAACAGCGAUCAAGUCAUUGUUAAAUUGCUGGAUGGGGUAUCUGAGCAUAAAGAGCAUGUGGACACUAAAAUAAAGCCCACUGAAAGAAAUAUUAGAAGUCACACCACUGACCAAAUAAGCUACUGUUGUGUUUCUAAAUGGUUUCAGGUUUUAGGAUAUGAAAAUGAUGAGCUUUGUAUGUGUGAGAAAAAUGCUGAACUGAAUCCUAGUACUGAGGCCUCAAGCGAAGUUGUAAAGGAGACAAAUGGAACCAUUAGCACAACUGCAAACUCUUGUGUGACUUCCUGUCUUCUAUACCAUGCCAGCAUGGAUGAGAUUGAGACAGUGGAUGUCCACUCAAGUGAUGAGGGUUUACCUAAAAUAGUAAAUGUGAUGGAUAGUUCGCUUUCACAAUGUGGGUCACAUGACUCCACAAAGAAGAGAAAACAAUGCACAUUGAUGCAUACUGAUCAGGAAAAAAACCUCCACCAAAAUGGUUGUAGUCAGUUGGUUUUCAAGACUAAUUUUAGUCCUGAUAUUAAAAGUGAUGCUUCACAGAUGGACUUGCAUGAAAUUAACACAUUCUUACCUCUGAUAUCUACAGAGAAUACUAUUCUUAGAUUUGGUGAAAAGAGGAGAGAGACCAAAAAUCCAGAGCAUAAAAGGAAGGGUAGAUUAAUACAUCUUGCAUUAUAUGGAUCAUCUGACAUGCACCGAAACAAAAUAACUAGUAGUUGUAUGAGAAGAAAGAUUUGUGGAAUCAGGUCAUCAGAUAAGGUCCAUCUUCCUGCAGAAACUAUUAGUAUAAUGGUAGAUUCUGACUGCAGUGAUUAUUCGAGCAAAAGAAGUCGAAUUACUAAUGAACAAAUUUUGAACAACCAAGUGCCAUCAGAGAUGCCGACUGACAACAGAAUGUCAGAGGACCUGAAAAUUGCAGAACUUGAAUCAAAAAUUGCUGGUGGAGAUAACUUUUCUACAGAAAUAGGCACAUUGUCAACAGCAUUUGAUAUGACUGGAAUCUGUAAAGAAGACAUACAAACAUGUGGAUCUGAAUCAACAAAAAAUAGAUUUUGCUCUACAGCUAACCCACAGCAAAAUCCAAAUAAACAAUCAAAGAACAAACAGCAUAUGUCCAGUUGGGCUAAAAUAAGGAAACAACAAAAAAAGGAAAGUAAAUCAGUCAGAUCAUCUAUUGAGAUGACCCGUACUGAACAAAGAUGCAGAUCAGACAAGGGAUUAUUACUGGAUUUUAAAGUUCUGCCAGAGUCUUUCAAAUUGACACAUGAUCUUAAUACCACGGCAUCUGACCAAUCUACACAUGCAAAGAUCGGCCCAAAAGUUAAAACUCCAUGUCAGAAGAAAAAGACUGAUGGAAAACCAGCUGCUUGGUGUAUGAGCCCUUGGAAGAAGCGGCAUUUCAAAUCAACCCAAGCCUCAAAUAGGUCUGGAUCAUGCAGCACAUUUCAAGAAUUCAAGAGGAGAUAUGAACAGAUAAAGCAAAGACUGACUUGAUAAUUUACUUAAAUAAAUGAAAGCAAGAUGUUGCUGGAAUGAUCUUCUAUCUACUGUCUGAAUGAACAUGAGCUGCAGUGUAGUAAAUGCAGUCUCAAAUAUUUUAGUUUGUACAAUAAAAGGUAAUCAGUGCUGCUUUAAAAAGUA